GUCUACUAACAAGCACGGCACCCUAACACGAAGGACGGUGAAGAUGAUCUUCAGGUCUUUCGCUGAUAGAAGAAACACGACGAGAUCAACAACAUCCGUGCCAGUUCAUUUUGCUUUUUUGCUUAUCUGUUUCACCACUACUGUUCUCGAUCUCGCAGUAGCGUAUGACCUGCAAGAUGUACUUGACUGUCGGUUCCACACCGAUGCGGUUCCGCUCUGGGACAACCUCUUGCUCGCGGGGAAAGCAGCGGAGGGGGACGCGGGUGGGGAAGCACAAGCAGAAGCAGUCGGCGUUGAUACAAGAACAGCAGAUAGUACAACAACUGCUGCAUCAACAACCAAGCUCGACCCACUGUUCGCGAUUCUGCGGGAGAUCUUUCAAGUCUGGCCGUUCCGGACCGAGGAGGACAUCCGCAGUAUGCAGCAGCGGGUCACGGACUUCACCCACCUCUAUCGCAGCAGCAGCAGCGACCACUGGAACAGCUUUCAGGACGGCUGGUGCUAUCACGGGUAUCUCUACGCUGUGCACUUGGUUUGCAAAUUCUGGAAGGAUGUGCACAGUGGGAGCGAGUCUAUCCCCGGCGUGGAGCAGCUAGUAUUAGUACACAGCGGGACCUGCGGAAGGAGAGUGAGUUCCAAUGAUAUCACGCAAAGCCUCUUAUACCAAAUGCUGUACAACUACACCGACGUGUAUUGGGGGUUCCUCGAUUUUGGGGAAGCAAGCCGCUUCCCCGUCGGAAUUCGCGAAGUUUUGCAGCAGUUUCCGGGGAGGCAUCGGCGUGAACAAGAACUCGGUGGAGCCGUUGUGGCAGAUGGCGCCUCGCCUGCUGUCAACAGCAUCCCAACUACGCGCGAAAAUUUCUACGACCCGGUCCGCCCAAGUUUUGUGCCGGUUCCUGACCACGAUCGCUUUUCAGAGGAUACUCUACUUCUCUCAACGUCAGCCCUGGAUCGUGCCGGUACAACUUCCGCUGCAACCAUCAUCACUAUCGGUUCCCACUUCGGCUCGAACAUGGAACCUACGAGCAUGCUGCAGUGGCUUUUUCGGCAGCAAGAAUUACACGGAGCAGCUGAUAGUGCGCCGCAAGGAGAAGCCACGACCCUCACGCAGCCAACUUUCCACGUGUACGGUACUCUGUACCCCUAUCCGGAAGUGGUGUGCACGGAGUUUGGGUUUUGCCGCCGGAAUAUCCUGCUGGAAGAAGUGAUUUCCAUUUUCGUCGCGAACAUGUACAAGCCCUCCUGGGACCUGCAGGAAGUUACCGACGUUCUGGAGCAGAGUUUCGUCGAGGACCAGGCGUUUGCUGAUGCGGUAUUACUGCUCUGCUGCCAGCCGCUGCCGGUUUGUUCCUUGUUGCGGACGUUUGUCGACACGCCCAUGCUAGUGUACCAGGCGUUUCCGCUUGCUGGCGCCGCGCCGGAGCAGUACAAGCCGUUGAUGCUUGCGCAAUUCAAGGAGAUGCAGAAAAACCCGAGCCGGUCCGCGUUCAUAGCCUACAGUGCGUUCAUGCACAAGCAGUUCGAGAUUCAGGUGGGCGAGCCGCCGUAUUGCAUCCGGCCACAUGCAGUUUACGCAACCGCAGGGAUCGCGCCGACAGAGUUAGGUCCAGUUUCUUCUCUUGCUUCUGAAAAUCCUUUACCAGGCGCUCCGUUUUACGACCCGGAUCGGAACGCGCCGCGCGUGUUCGUCGGCCGGCUUGCGGGCUGGGCCCGGGAGGGCGCGCAGACGCUGCUCGUGCUAACCGAGUCCGUGGCUAAGAAGGAGCAACUCGUUGAGAAUCAAUCGAAGAAAAGAAUGAGCUUCGUUUUCCUCGGGGUUCCUAGCUUGGAAGACCGUGGGUUCGAGUACAUCGACGGCUACCCCUCGGUGAUCGGGUACUCCGCCCUGCGCCGGUUCCGCGCGGCGGUGUACUUCCCCUGGGACCUCGGCAUGUGCUUCUUCAACGAGCUCUACAGCAUCGGCGUGCCUUUGUUCGCGCCGUCGACGCAGUACGCGACGAGCAUCAUCUGGAAGAUGCUACAGAACACGGACUACGGCUGGUGGCAGGCCCGGAAGCUGCACUUCGCGGAAGUACCCGGGAGGUUCUUGGCGAAGCGUGAGAGGCUAGCGGAACAUUCAAGGAUAGAUAGUAGCCUUGAGAGUGCUGGAGAAGGCAAGCGGGGAGCAGCAGCAGUCUCUGCAACACCCCGUCGUACUCCUGCGCUCGUGAUCACCGGUGACCCGUGCACGGGUGCGGGUCAAGAUUUUGCGGACAUUCGGUGCCACGAAGAAAAAGUACAGUAUCCCGAGGACGGAAUCAGCUGGCCGGAAAAUUUCUUCGACAAUGCGACGAUUAUGGAAGAAAAACUGGAGGAAACAUACUCUUAUAUCGCAGGUGACAAUAACGGGGAUGAGAAGGCACAUCAAGACGGUAGCGACUUUGCUGAUCAGGACGCGCCGGCGACGCGGUUCUUCCUGCCGAACCGGGAGGAAACGCAGAUAAUCGCGAAGCGUAUCGCGAAAAAACGGAGGGAGGAAAGGAGAAAAAGGAGAGACAUUCCUGAACAAACUCUGUGGUGGGACGAAGAGACGCCGUUUGAGGAUAUCGCCUUUUGGUGGGGGCAAACGGACUUCCAGAAGUGGCCUCACGUCACGCACUUCGAGUCUGUUCCAGAUUUGGUGCGGAAACUAGGAAGCUCCGACUUCGACAGAAUAGCAGGCGAAAUGCACGCGUGGAACGCAAAAACGUUUCAGUGGAGCGCCAAGUUGUUUCGGCACGCGCUGCAGGGAUUGUUGGGUGGGGACAAGGAAACGCCGGAGAAAGUCGAACGAAACUGCUACCUUUAGUGAAGCAAAUCGCAGUAGUAUUCAGGUCAGGAGAUGCAAAAAUAAAGAAGAAUCCGCUCAGAAGAAGAAUCCUCUCAAAACGAAAACCGUCUGCCCUUGCGCUUCUCGCAGGAAUCAGAUCCGAGUCAGCAUGUUCUAAAAUGCCAAAUCGAAAGCGAAAUGCUCAACAUGCAGUCACUUAGAAAAACACAGCGAAGAUCGGAAGCAAUGAUCACUGCAUCAGGACGUCGAGAACCAAGUAUGCAAAGCCCACCCAGAAUAAUCAAUGACAUACCAGUUUUCCAAAAGCAGACUUUCAGAAGCUCUCCUCUUCGUUUCAACACCGCUGUAACUACAGAAAUACUUAGUUAGAAACUUCUACUCUAAUAAGCACAAACCCAAGAAUCAUGAAUCCGUACGAGCAGAAGGGCAUGCAGAUGAUGAUGGCGGGCUCGUUUCCGCAGAGCGUGAUGCUAGAGUUCGAGCGCGCUGAUCUACAGGAAGACGGGAAGUGGAUGGAAAAGAACUGGGACCAGUGGAGCGAAAAGCUCGCCAUCCACGCACUCGCCAGCUAUGGAGCGUUUCAGUGGACUUUCUUCCGCGCCUGGUUGCAGAAAAACCAGGGCCUGACCGGAGUGCAAAACCUGCUGCAAGACUUCCAGCGGCAUCCCGCUGCUACGAACAGAUUUAGAAAAUGCUGAUAAUUUUACCUAUAGGAAAAGGAGCAGUCCGUGUACAAUCUCAAAAAUGAAGGCGUCAUCUGCUACCGCGGGCCCAUGUCAGGAAAUGGCAUGUGCAGCCGCGGUAGAUCAUCCAUUAUUCUACUACUAAUGACUUUACGGGAACAGACUUGAUCUAGCUUGAUUCAAUCAGACGAAAACAAAUACGUGAGGUUCAGGAUUCGGAAAAACGCGCUGACCGAAACGGC